GAUGAGCUGCCCCUCUUCCUCUCCCCUCUCCGGCUCGGAAUCUGACGUCGCCGCCGAUAUGUGGGCCCGCCAGUCCUCCGGCUCCGGCUCUCCCCCAAGUCGGACGGACAGUCUCCCCUCCCCAUGACCACCCAUCCCAUCAAAAGACGGACUCCACGGGCAGGGUUGAGCUUUCGCGGCCGCUACCACUGUAUCUGCCCUAGUCACAGCGGCGCCAGCACCAAGAGGCAAAGAGACUCCCGUAUGGAUGGUAUUGGUAUGUGUGUCGCUGUAGGAAGCCCACAAGCAGUUGCAGUAGCACUGGGCUAGGUGUAGGUGGUAGCCUCCCUCUCUCUACUUCUCCCUUGCCGCCCUCAUUGGCCUCCCUGCUUCUCCCUCUCCCACAGAUCUUGGGCUUUCUUCUUGUCCUGCCUCCACAACCACCCGCAGGCCAGGCAGCAACCUCGGAGAGAGACGCAGGGGCUGCAGGCUUGCAGUUUCAUUCCAAGAGUUUCCUCUUGACUUCGUGUCCUCAUCAAGGUUUCAGAGCUCAGACAGACGCCAUUGCCUGAAGCAAACAAGCUUCUAAGUUGGCAUCUCCUGCCCCUUGCAAAAAUUGUGUUGUCUCAACAUAAUAAAAAAAUACAAUAUGCAUCAAGACAGUUUCAGAUCAGUGGUUUGCAGAUCCCUUUCGAAGAGCCUUCCCCCCAGAAGCAAAGAUGGCAGCUAUCCUGAAACAGUCCAAUGCGAUCUCCCUUGUGUUGUUACACUGCAACCUUCGGUUUGUCGAAACUACCAAGGCCGGGAACGGAGCACAUCGCGAAGCUACCGGGAGGAAAGAUCCAUGUCAUUCCAUGGGGACUGUCUUAUGGCGCCUUCACUAUCCAAGCAUUUUGCCGAAGACCUCCUAAGAGGCGCCAUGGAUCUCCAGGAGUCCCUUGUGAUGCUUGAGAAAUUCCAAACUGCAUCACAGAGCAUGAGAUUAUCCAACAAGAAGAGAAGACCAGAAACUGGUGAAAAAUCUCCAGAAAUAGAUACCAUAAUCCGUGAAGUCCUCCUGAGACCGUCAAAUGCUAAGCAGGCACUACCAAGAACUGCUAACAAUGGAUUGCAUGUGCAGCUAAACAAUUCUACUGAUGAGUUGAAGAAUGUGGUCAAGGAUAGUUUCUGCAGGAAGAACCUCCUGUCAGUCUCCACCAAUAAUGACCAGGCCUCUUUGAGCCAGUCAGCACGGUACUUGCCGAACAAUUAUUUGAUGUCCAAUACUUCUCAGCAGAAGAAAGUGUCACCGAGAUCAUUUCCAUCUUGUGCAGCAGUGCAACCUGACAAGUCUAAAGCCCCAAGUUUGGUAGCCAAGCUCAUGGGCCUUGAUGGAUUGCCCUCACAAAAAGACAACUCUAAAAUGAAAGACGAGAAGAUUAAGACAGUGAGUUCACCAAGAGCACGGUUUGAUAUUGAGAUGCCCAAGUCACAAAGGCUACAGACACAAUUAUUUGGAGAGGAGUCUGGUUCUGAUGCGGAGAUGCCUAGGUCAGAAAAGCUAGCACCAGAACAUCACAAUGUUCGGAUGUAUUAUACUAAUUCACAGAAGGGCAUCGCUCCUUCAUAUAAUACUGUAGUGCCUAAUGAGAUCAGACCAAUGAAAUCAAGUCACAGAGAGAGAAACAUUGAGCAGGCUCGACCGAAAUCCCCAAAAGAAGUCAAGAUUGCUGCACCUACAAGCAGAAAGCAGCAGAUCAAGGAGACAACUGAGGUCAAUAGGAGAACCAGGGAGAAACAAAAAUCUAAUUCAACUUCACGAAACAGAGGAGGGAGAGAGGAUGCAAAGGCUAAAACAGUAGCAGCAUCUCGUAAUGCUAAAGUGGUGAAAAAUUCUGAUAAGAAAUCAGUAUCAAGUAGCAGUCGCUCUUGUGACUUAGUGAAGCCUGUCUUACAGAGAACACAUAAUAACUCCAGAGCGAAGACAGUAUCCAGGAGAAAUGUCAAGAGUUCAAUUAUUGAUGAGUUAGUGGCAUAUGAGAUACAAAGGGAGAUCUUUCAUGUACUAGAUCAGAUUGACGGUCCAUCCACUGAACAUAGUGCAACACCUAGCAAUGAAAGCUAUCCAAAUGCCGAUUGGGAGGCAGAAUCUUCCGUGGACGAUAUUCAGAAAGACUUUUGGGAAUCCAAUGAAGUUUUGCUAUCUACCAGAGAUGCUGAAAGAAUCAGUUCAACUGAUGGAGAUGCUACUCACCCAUCAUCAACAGACAUAACACCUAUAAUGGAAGCUGAGAUAAAAGAUGAGAUCAUUUUGCUUCUCCUAAGUGAUAAGUCUUUCCUCAGCAGAGCAGGCAAACUCAUAGGCAUCGAUGUGUAUGAGCAUCCGAGCAACCAACAUGAUGGAAUUUCCGAGGUUGAAAUGAAAACCCAUAGGAUCUAUUUGGACACAGCAGUAGAGCAGCUGGAACGAAAACAUCAGCAGCAAAAUAGUCUGUGUUGCACUGGAUUUCAGGGCCAGAAAUGCAGAGCAACAGCAUAUUUCUCAUUGGAGGAAUUGCUAAGAGAGAUCAGCAACGGGAUUACGAAGCUGAAUAGCUAUUCCGACAGAGACGACGCGGGUGGCACGAAAGAUUGCCUGGACAUGAAGCUGGAGAGAGAUCUCAGGUUCUCAGAUGAGUCGAUCAAUGGUGUGUGGGACAUGGGCUGGCAGAAUUUUAUCUGCACGGAAGAAACAGAGUGCUUCAUCAGAGAUGCUGGGGAGGACAUUCUGUCGUUGCUUAUUGAGGAAGUUGCUUUGGACAUGUGCAUUCACUGACCUGAAAACAUACAGCAGCGAAGCGCUCUUACCACCAUGAAGAUCUAACGUGUAACUUGAGUCUGAACUAGUUGUGUUUUGUGUUAGGCUUGAAGUAAUUCCACCCGUGUAAUCGCCCGUAUAAGGAUCUAAGAACCGGUGAAGUAGGCUGUAACUACUUUCCAUUUUCUGAAGAAACAUAUUUGGUGAAGUUGUGUUUUCAGUCUUCACCAAAAAAACGACUGUAUUUCAUGCAAAAUCAAUAGGGAGGAAAUGACAUGGUUCUACGGCUGAUGAACCUGGACAA